CUAUAAAAACGACCAAGAUCAAGAUACUACGGUCCAGUCUUGGUCACAUGGCGCAGUUUCUAGGACCGACUGACGCCUCACCUGCAUUGGUACCUAGUGUAGUGGUUGCACAUUCAACGUAGUGUUUGGACUCACGUGCCUUCCAGGACCGAGAUUUUUGAGUGUACUGCAUAUGAUUUGCCAGCUUUGUGGCAACAAAAAGAUUAGAUGUCCCCCCAUGCUAUGACCAUUUGUAAUUUCAUCUCUUUCACCCCAUGUCCUAUGUCCCAACAUUGUAUAUCUCUUCACCUUGACACCUUUGACCAAUUAGAUUCCUUACACGUGUAGACUCUAAUCAUCAUGAAAAUUCAGCAUGGCCAUUGUUUCAUUUAUUUGGGUUGAGGAUGCAUUUUACAGUUUCUCUGUUGCUACAGAGCUUUUCAUUGGAGAAAGGGACGGGAAAGAAGUGCUUUAUGCUGGCUUCAAGGGACCUCAUUAUAUGGGGUUGUCCACCCCGUUGGCAAUGGAUCUCUUUUCCCAAUUCCAGAUUUCCAGAGGUCGGAGUGCGUCUUGUUGGGUACUUGUUUGCAUUUUGUGGCAAGAUAAAUACCUCCAUGCUUUCUUCAGGAACUAAAUAUGCAGCUUACCUCGUGUUCACUUUGAGAUCAGGAAUUAAUGGAUAUGGGCACCAGCUUGCUCAGGCUUUGAUAGAAAUUAGUGGACAAAACGCUGAUGAACAAACUAACUAUUUACAAAUUGGACAAGAAGCUGAUGGUAAAACUGUCUAUUGUCCAGAUGAAGAACAGAGGCAAAGGUGCCAGACUGUUCCUAGACCCAAAACUUUCUUGCAUUUAAUCUCUCAUGUAUUUUGA